AUGACCACCACAACCAAGCAGAUGGGCCUCGGAGUUGGUGCCGGCGCGGGUGUUGCCGCGUCCCCCGCUGCUGCCAACUCGGUGGCAGCCCCCAACCCCCCUAGCGCCUCCUCGGAGGGCGGCGUGAAUCUCGCCGCCGUCUUGAACAGUAUCGGGAAUGCCGCCGCCAUCAUCGCGGUGGGGGUGAGAGAGCUAGAUGCCAGGGUCGAGCGGCUCUUCGCGAGCCUGGCCCGAGCCGAGGCUAAAAUCAACGCCAUGCGCGAUUGUUUGGAACGGGAGGACGAAGAGGAGGAAGCCGCAGAGGCGGCCGCAGCCGCAGCCGCCGUCGCCGCUAAGCAGCAGAUGAGCGCGGCUAACGAGACGACUGGCCAGGCGGCCAGAUCCGCGAUGGCCCCGCCUGCCGCCGCCACCGCCACGAUGCCAUCGAUGGGCACGCAGAUAAAUUCCCCUGCUGCCGCCCUUGCAGCAGCUGCUCGUGUCCCGGCCCAGCCAGCAAGCGCCGGGCCUGCCUCGCCCGUCCGCUGGAGUUUUAGAGGAGCCGCCGCGGCUGACGUGGAGGAGCUGAAGCACGCUACGUGCGACUGGUGCCUCGCAACUGGCGCGACUUGCCGCCGCGACUAUUAGCCAGGCUGAAACGACUGGGCUCGUCGUCUCGGCUGUUUUUUUUCUUUCUCGUUUUUUCUCCUCUCUUUUUUCUCGGGCGCAGAUUGGUCGCCCCCUCGGGGACCUGAAUCUUGACAUGACGGCGUUCUGGUGUGGGGCAACGUCUUCAGAAGUUCCCAGCUUUUACUAUAUUUUAGAAACGGUGGCGCCUUCCUGUGGCGUCGGUGAGCCGCUUUGAUGCACCAGCAGGACUCGCUGGAGCCACGACAACUCUUUUACUACCAUAUAUGAUUCUUGCCGCGGGGAGGGACAGACAUGGUAUGGUGUCAAACACUGGGACUUUUGUGCUGGGAUGGUGGCUGGUUGCUUGCUUUUUUAUCAGACGAAUGGAAAGUCGGCAGCUAACUUGCU